GGAGUAUCCGGCAACCCAGUCUCUUCCACGCCGCAAGAUCCCUCUUCGAAGAUCGCCUACAAGACAGGAUUCCAUCGUCAUGGUCCACAGGGCGGACCAAAAAACACAGGAUACCCCCGUUCAGACCGAGGACGACAACGACUCACCACAGAGGUCCGCAGUCCCCGAGGCCCUGCUCAUCGACCUUCGGGACCAGGAGCAGGACACCUUGGACCUUUCCUCCCUGUUGUCCCCAUUCAACGCCUCCACGUCCACCGACGGGUCCCAGCUCAGCCGGGACAUGGAAGAGGACACGACACCACAAGGGGAAUAUUCAUUACCGAACCUCACACAUCCCUGGGCCCCGCUGAUGGAUUAUCAAGACUCACCUCUGCAGGAACAGGACAGUGGGGGGAUGUGUGUCACCUCUCCCUCCAACCCUCCUUGCUCGCCUCCAGAUUGGGUCCCCACUUUUGGCAGUACGACACGUAGUGAACCCUCAGUUCCAGGUACUCCACCACACCUGUAUGAUAGGGAACCUUCGGUUACAGAUAUUCCACCACACCUAUCUGACAUAGAAGAUGACGAAUUACAGGAAGUCAUUAGCCACACUAACACAAUGAGGAAAAUGCUCGAUUGAAAGUUGUUGGCCACAAAGAGAAUUUUGGUGAACGGCGACUCCAAUCUGAGUCACAUACCCCCCUUCUGCGUGCCUGAUUUCCAGAUUGACAGUUACCCGGGGGCCAACUUUCACCACGCGGAGGCCAUCCUGGUCAAGACCAGGUCCACCGUCCAGGUUGACGUGUUAGUUUUAGCCUUUGGUAUCAACAACUGUGAGCAGAAGGUUAAGGAGACUACCAUCAAACAGCUCCAAGGGGCACUCCGGGCAGCCGAGAAAACUUUCAAAUUUGCCCGAUUGCUAAUCCCCCUGAUCAACUAUUCAGCUUCUCUGCCCGUUGAGCAGAAAAAUAAUCUCAAGAUGCUGAAUGAGUUCAUCAGGAACCAUUAUGCUCACAUCCCGGUCCUCGACAGCCAGGAUUUUGAUACCCGUAGUAACCUGAUCCAUUGGACUCGGGAGACAGGUGUGCGAAUGUUGAAGCACUGGCUUGAUUAUUUAAACUAGGCAUCCCCAUAAUCCUGAAAACUCGGGGGGGCAAUAAGAACGUGGUAAAUUUGGCCCACUAUUUCACACCAACCCCCUCACAAAUUUCACUCCUCAACAAGGGCCUCAACUUUAUUCCUUUGUCUAAUCUUAGUAGUCACUGGCAUCAUCAAUUAAAAUUUGACCUUUAGCACUACCACAGACGUGUCAAACUUGCGGUAUAUUAUGAAAAACAAGACACUCUUAAACCCAGACUUUUACAGCCCGCUCCGACUGGGAGCCCUCACCUGGACUUUUGCCUCCGGAGUACCAGGCGAUGGUCCAGGCUGACGGGCUCACAUUGUCCGGUUCGGGCUGCACAACUGCGGUCGCUCACAAUUUGACAAGCGAAGAAGUUGAGGCCCUUUAUAGUCUAAAAAGGAAUAAACACAUUGUGAUCAAGCCAGCCAACAAAGGCAGUGCUGUUGUCAUUUUUGACGGAUCGCAAUACAUAUGGUAGGGCUCUCGGCAGUUGGGUGAUACUGCUUAUUAUAAACCCCCACCUGAACCUAUUUAUUCCCAAACUAUCCCCAUGGUAGAAAAGAUUAUUCAUAAUCUUCUAUUAAAAAAAUGUAGCAAUUCGAAAUAAUAAAAGUAUCUCCUGGGUGAGCCGGAUCCCAGCCCCCGCAGAUUUUACAUGCUCCCGAAAAUUCACAAGGAGCCAGACAAAUGGAGCAAACCCCACGAGAUUCCUCCGGGCCGGCCCAUCGUGUCUUACUGCGGCAGCGAGAUGUAAAGAACGGAAGAGUUCAUCGAACAUUAUUUAAUGCCACUCUCCCUUCUACACGACAGCUAAAUCAGGGAUACUUACGAUUACAGUGAUAAGAUAAAAAAUGUGCACAUUCCCCCAGAUGCCAUCUUAUUUACCAUUGAUAUUGACAGCCUGUAUACAAACAUUGACAUCGAUGAGGGUGUCCAGGCUGUCAAAAAUGUCUUCCACAGGUACCGUGACGUCAGCAGGCCUGAAAAAGAGCUUUUGCAGCUCCUUGAAAUUAAUUUGAGGAGAAACGAUUUUGAGUUCGAUGGUCGUUUCUCCCUCCAAAUUAAGGGCACUGCUAUGGGCAAGAAAUUCGCACCUGCUUAUGCCAACAUUUUUAUGGCAGAGUGGGAGACCUCUGCUUUGGCCUCUUGCCCAAAACAUCCUCAAUAUUACUUCCGGUACCUGAAUGACAUCUGGGGCAUUUGGACUCAUUCUAGUGAGGAGUUCAGCAUGUUCUUGAACACGCUCAACACUCACAAUAAAAAUAUUACCAUUAAGUCGACCACGAGCAACACAUUUUGCCAAAACGCAACAUUUGGACAUUAAAGUGUUCUUCAAGGAGAUGGACACCCAUGCGCUCCUUUAAAAAAGCUACUUCCACCCCAAGCACACCUUUGCGGGGCUGGUGAAAUCUCAAUUACUCAGGUUUCAUCGUUUUUGCACUAGGCGGGAGGACUUCCUGGUGGCCUCGAGGGCCCUCUUUUCUGCUCUGAUGGGGAGGGGCUAUUCCAGGUCCUUUCUCAGACGACAGUUGAGGGUCUUCCUGGACCCAAAGGGACCUCCCCCUGGUACAGACAUGAUUCCUCUAAUCACCACAUAGUCUCCCUCGGCCGUACGAGUCGUGGGAAAGGUCAAAACCAAUUUCCGGACCUUCGUGGAGAGUAUUGGGAGGAUGCCGGAUCAUUAUGUGGUGCCAGCCUACCGGAAGAACCCCAACUUGAAUGAUCUGUUGGUCAGGGCCAGGGUCAGCUCAUUGAGAGACCCGCCCUCCACUCGGAGGGACGCCCUUGUCUGCCACUCACCAUGUUUUGUGAACCCCCACAACCGCAAGGUUUUCCAACCGUUGUGCCGUGGCAGAUUACACAGCCAGAUUUGUGUUCAUGUGAUCCAGCGACAUGUACGUGGGCGAGAUGGGCAAUACCUUAGCUAGGACAUUCGCCCAACAUAUUAAGUACAACAUCGUUGGACACAAAAAUACCAGUACUCACCUGGUCCAGCACUUUGUCCGACACAGGUGGUCUUACGUCCGGGCAACUGUCGUCCAGACCAACCCCAAAUGGAGCCUAGCCCAACGCCGAAGGGCAGAGCUCAUUUGGAUCGCCAAGUUGGGCAGCAGACAUCCGGGGGGCCAAAAUGAGAUGUGAGUGGGAGCAGUUUGGAUUGUUGAUGGCCCGUGCACAUUCCCAUCUUUUUACUUCCCCUCUUUAUUUGCCUUAUAUCCCCCCACACCCCCCGUCUUCCCCUGAACCUACCCAUUUCCUUUUUAUGGUCCUAACCCUAACCCCAACCCAACCCUAACCAGCCUGUGCCUCCAAACUGCUUCGGGUUAGGGUUGCCUGGACAGGUCGUAGACAGAAGGUGCCUUCCCUCCACUUCCCCUAACCCUAACCUCAACCCUAAUCCGCCAGUGCCUCCGGCCUGCUGUCGGGCGACGUACUGCCUCCGUGGGCCCACUGGGGGACUCGUUGGUGAGUAGUUUGUUUCAUUGUUUGGAUGUGGUGGGGGCAACAAGUGUGUAAAUUCUACAAAAAUGCUUGUGUCAGACACAUUAUGUUCAGGAGUUGAGGUACUUCAAAGCAAACAUUUUGUUGCUUUGUUUGGACACCCCGAUAUUCAACGGGGUAUUUAUGCCCUAUCUGAUGCACAUAAUAUGUCGUGUUGGUGCAUCACAUAGGAAGGAGUGAAUUUUGAGAGUUUAAUAACUCCACUGUAGUUGUGAGCACAUAAGCCCCGCCCACUACAGCACUCAUAUAAAUCCUCCUCCUGCCAGAGCGGCUCAUUCCCUCUCCAGCAGUUGAUGACGGGACAUCCUGCUGUUGAGACACUGGGAAGCCGCCGGGACCAGCCAGGGGAUUAGAAGUGCCCCACCUACUGGAGAACCAGGUGAGUCCCAGUAGGCAUUGCUCAGCCAGCCUGAUGAGGCCUGAAAGGCCGAAACGCGUAGCUGGAUAUUAUCCGCAUGUUUGACGCUGCAUCUAACAUUGUCUCGGACUGCUCUCUUUCAGGUUCCUCGGGGGGGUCCUGCGUUUGGCGUGGACGUUGCCUGGACAGGUUGUAGAUGGACAGUGCCUUCCCUCCACUUCCCCUAACCCUAACCUCAACCCCAACCCAACCCUAACCAGCCUGUGCCUCCAAACUGCUUCGGGUGAUGUCCUGCCGGCGUGGAGACGACCUGGGUGGCCUGCUCGAUGCCACGUGACAAGGGACACAGGCGGGCACUAGCCAACAGGAGGAAGAUGGCAGUGCGGCAGGCAUGGACCCCCAGGUCUCCUGUCCCCGAGUUGGUCGCCCGGCGCGGCACCGGGUACCGCCACCGCAUGCAAAGGUGGCCUACUUCACACCUGACUAGCCGUCAGACUGUCUUCGUCAUCGGCGACUCCCACCUAAGGGGCAUGGUGGAUGGGCACGUCCUCAUCCCCAACGUACCUCUGUCCUUUGGUUUUUUGUCUGUUCCUGGUGGAGGAGCAGCUGACCUAAGGACAGAGAUGCGGCGCCUGGAGUUCCCCUGGACCCCAGAUGUUGUCUGCGUGCUGGCCCCGAGCAACGACCUGGACCGUGGGCCCUUCUGCGAUGCAGCGGUGGAGUUCAGCGCACUCCUGACCAGCAUCCGCAGCCGCUGGCCCAAGGUGUUUGUUCUGGACUUUCCCACACGACUAAACAGACCCGUGGGCCUGCAGGAUCGGCUGCGGCAGGAGCACCACCGCGUCGCAGCACGCAUGGGUCUCCCAUUUGUGGCUGUGACCAGCAGCUUCCCGCUGCAUCGGUUGGAGCUGUGGUGUUAUGAUGGCGUGCACCUCAGCGACACAGGUGGCUCGCCCAUCCUGGUGAAGCUGUUGUGCGACGCUGCGCUCACCCUGUUCAAACCUGACGCCCCUGCGCCUCCUUCCCCUCGUCGGACGUCGCCAACAAAACAUUGAGUUAGAAAACAUUAAGCAUUAAGAAAUGUAAUUACAUAAAUAUUUUUCUAAAGAAAAAAAAGGGAAAAAAAUAAAAUGGUUCAAGAUGUUCACCAUAA